CAUUGGAAGAAUAUUAGGAUUUAAAGACAAAAAGUUUCAAAAUGAACGUUAUGAGACAAUGAAACGGGCUGCAAAAAGGAAUUCGUAGAGAGAGGACAGAACAUUAAGGAUGUGUUUUAUUUUUUAUUUUGGAACGGAUGUCAACGUUGUUUUUCAAGUAGCUAACAACAUUGCCAUUCAAAAGGAAAUGCAUCAGAAGGAGGCAACGCUGAUAUCACCAAGGGGUCCUUAGACCUGAGGCUGUUGUCCUCCUGCCCCUCUGCCCACAGCCUCCUACCAAGCUGGUCUCUUUUAAUGGUUGGCACUGGCCACCGCGGCCCUGAUUACUGCCCACACAGACACAGCCUGAUGAUCACUGGUGCCAUGGGAGCGGUGCGAGUCAACAGAUACAGCAUCGUAGCCACCGAUGAAGACCACUUCAAGAUCUCCACCCUGGGCCUCCACAAUGGCCAUGGUCCCCUGAUGCACCACAAUAUGACUGGGAGGGGUAUGGGGGGCGGAGGAAGUGGUGGUGGUGGUGGAGGAGGAGGAGGUUCAGAAGGAGGAGGAGGCGGCAGCUCGCUAGCCCUGCGAGCAACAGAGCCUGUCCACAACGGCCGCCAGAUCUCCACAACGGGGCCCAACCAUGUCCGGAGCCGCUUCGUGAAGAAGAACGGCCAGUGCAACGUGGUUUUCCACAACAUGGAAGACAAGACGAAACACUAUCUGGCCGACAUAUUUACCACCUGCGUGGACAUCCGCUGGCGUUACAUGCUGCUCCUCUUCACCUCUACCUUCCUGCUCUCCUGGUUCCUCUUCGGGGUGGUCUUCUGGGGAGUGGCCCUGGCCCAUGGGGACUUCGACCUUCGACCCGGCCUGGGAGAGGGGCCUCUGGCCGGCUUGGAGGGAGGAGGGGUGGAGUGGAAACCCUGCAUCCUACACGUCCAAGGCUUCGUAGGGGCGUUUCUCUUCUCCAUAGAGACCCAGACCACCAUUGGGUAUGGGUUCCGCUGCGUCACCGAGGAGUGUCCGGCGGCGGUGGCUACGGUGGUGGUCCAGUCCAUUGUGGGCUGUAUCAUCGACUCCUUCAUGAUCGGAACCAUCAUGGCCAAGAUGGUUCGACCUAAGAAGCGGGCGCAGACCUUGCUGUUCUCGCACCACGCGGUAAUCUCCAUGCGGGACGGGAAGCUGUGUCUGAUGUUUCGCCUGGGGAACAUGAGGAAAAGCCACAUCGUGGAGGCUCAUGUCCGGGCGCAGCUCAUCCGGCCGCACGUCACCGCCGAAGGCGAGUACCUCCCCAUGGAGCAGACGGACAUCGACGUGGGCUACGACGAGGGCCUGGACCGCCUCUUCCUGGUGUCUCCACUGGUCGUGGUCCACGAGAUCAAUGAGAACAGCCCGCUGUACUGCAUGAGCAGCGCCGACCUGACGACAGAGGACUUUGAGAUCGUGGUGAUACUGGAGGGGAUGGUGGAGGCCACUGCCAUGACCACCCAGGCCCGCUCCUCCUACCUGGCCAGGGAGAUCCUGUGGGGCCAUCGCUUCGAGCCUGUGGUCUUCGAGAAGGAGCACCGCUACCAGGUAGACUACUCCCGCUUCCACAAGACCUACGAGGUGCCAGCUACUCCGCACUGCAGCGCCAGGGAGCUCCGGGAGAUGACGGGCCGAUCCCAUUCCCCCUCGUCUGCCUCCGGCUCGAGUUCUACCCGGUCAGUGUCCCCUCUCGGUCCCAAGUCCUCCGGCCUCCACCUCUUGCCUCCACACUCCCCCAGCGCCUUCUGCUAUGAGAACGAGGUGGCCCUGUGCUGCGGGGAGGAGGAGGGGGAGGAGGUAGGGGAGAUGGGUGUGAUGCUGGGGGGGAGGGACGACGGGGAGGGGGAGGAGAGGGACGUACAACUAGACAUCUUCCAGGAGAGAUUUCAGGACCAGGUAGCAGUGGACAUGAACAUGCUGUGUGUGCUGGACAUGGACAAUCAGAUUGACAGGCUGCAGCCGGCUAUAGCUCUUGAUGCGCUGGGCUUCAGAAGGGAAUCAGGAGUGUAGUGACUGAUUCACACUAUCGAGUCAAACUGAGACAAGACAAUCCUGCGCUGGCCUGGUUACGCAUCCACUGUAGUUGCUGGAACUGUGCUAGAAAGGAUAUUCUGAGAGGAAAAUGUCCAAGCCAGCCAGGGCCGUAACUACAUAUGAGGACACUGAGGUCCAGACCUAGUUAAUAAAAAAUAAAAAAUAAAUAUAUAUAUAUAUAUAUAUAUAUAUAUAUAUGUAUUUUUGG